AUGGACUCGUUUGAGACAAGCUCACAGUUUGUUCAGAUUCUAAGAAAUCUUGCACCAAACAUGCAGUCACUUCUCCGUGCUGCACACUUUGCUUUGAAGAAUUCCGAAAGCGAAGACUACCUCUUCUACGCUAUAAUGGAUGUCUUAGAUGACCCCAAAGUUGACCUUAAUACAAAAUCCACCAUUUUUCAGUUCAUUGAUGCCCUUAUCCAUGAGUCAUUCUUUAUAUCAGACCAGGCCAAUUCCCAUUAUAAUUUCCCAUACGUUCAUAAUCUCAAAACCGCAUUGCCAAAGAUCAUACUCAAGGUUCUCCCGUCAACAAACAAUGCUAACCUUUACAACAUUUACAAUAACAUGAUAAAUAUUUCGGAGUCGCUCAAUAUCAAUUAUACCGAAUACAAGGAGCAGUAUCGUUCAGUUGGACUGCUUCUUCCUCCCGAAGAACAAGAAAAUGUCGAUCAAAACAUUCCCUACCCAGAAGUGAAACUUGACGACGUGGAUGCGGAAGACAAAGACCCUGCAAUUAAAGCGUGGGAGAUAUUGCUUCGAAAAAGGAAACAAAGUCAGUACGAAAGACUUCGUUUGCUCAAACAUGGCCCCGUUCAUGAAGAGCCGGUAACCGAAGACGAAAUGUUUGCCAUACGGCCUUCUAAAGGCGACCUGAGCAAGAAAGGAAACGAGUUUAUGCUCACCAAAAAACAAAUUUUGGCACGUAUGGAAGAUGAUAGAGAAACGCACAAGAAACUGAAGGAGACCCUCUGGGUUGUUAACAGGCCUAGUGGAACAAACGCCGUCACCGAGGAUGAGUUUGCCAACUACUACUGGAAUCGUGUUGAAAAAAUAUCGGACAAACAGAAUCAGGAAUUCUUUACUGCGUUCGACGAACUCAAUAAUUUGGCUGCUGCGAGUUACAAAGACAAGCAGUUUUAA